UAUCCCAUAUAUGUAAGGACCAGCAUAUAGCAAACACUUUACAGUUCCACACUGUUCAAGGCAAUGGCUGAAGCUAUCAUGGGUUUCACCGUUUUCAAGUCACAUAUUCAUUGCUCAUGUCUACAAACAAAGAGAUUUGAUGUGAACCCGUCUUCAAGACUGCCUAAGCUGCAUUCAAACUCCACCCUCUUUCACAGAUCGUGGCAGGUCUUUGAGAGUAAAUGCAAGAGAGCAUCUUUGUGUAAAGUGAAUGCCUUGCCAGAUUGGCCACUGAUGGCAAUUCUAGUAGAGCAAAUGGAAGGGCAGAGAGAUAUGAUCACUGAGAAAACAAUUUGGCAUCUUAGUGAUGGCCAAAUUAAGAAUGUCUAUUCUUGGUACAUAAUGUUCACUGUGUGGGGAUGCUUGGUCUUUGGUUCCAUGAAGGAUCCAUACUACGACUCAGAAACAUAUAGGGGAGAUGGAGGAGAUGGUACUGGCAACUGGAUCUAUGAGAAGCAAGAGAUUAUGGAAGCAGAAGCCAGAGAAGCUCUGUGGCGCGAGGAGUUGAUUGAGGAGAUAGAGCAAAAGGUUGGAGGGUUGAAAGAACUUGAAGAAGUAAGCACGAAAGAGGAAGUAUUCAAGUGAUGUUUCAUCAAUGUGUAUAUAAAGUUCAUUAUAGGAGCAAAUUUUUAUGCUUCAUUGUUAAACCACCGUUUAUUACUUUGAAAAUAUGGGGUCGCUAUAUAAUUCGAUGGGUGGAAUGGACCUUAAUCCUAUUGAUUAGAUAAAUUUGCAAAUAAAUAUUCAAAUGUACAACUUCAUACUUUAAAUUUAGAUUAUUUCUCAAA